AAAGUACAUUCUUGUUUCUGAACGAGAGCUUUUAGUGGCUGGUACAUUUCAAGCGCAGUUAGUAUGCUAGGUUAGCUUUGGCAAACCUCUACCUAACGAUUUGUCUGUCGUGUCCACGCUUGUUUUGACUCGAACAAAUAGGGUUCGUGAUGGAAAACAGUCAACAGUCCACAGACGGUACGGACCGGUCCGACCUGGUUUCUGCGGACGGCAAGAACAUCAAGUCUGUGCUGUGUCAGCGCUGCGGGUCCAAAGUGCUGUGCCCGGGGAUGGCAACGUUGGAAGAGAAAGAGCUGUUCCUCCCCUCCAUGCGGAAAAAGAGUGGCCUCAGCACCACAGAGGGCUCAGUGGACGGGGACACUCUGACCGCCCACUGGUUAGUGGACGACAUGUACACUUUUGAGAAUGUGGGCUUCACUAACGAUGUGGGGAGAAUUAAGUAUCUCAUCUGCGCGGAUUGUGAGAUUGGACCAAUCGGCUGGCACUGUUUGGAUGACAAGAAAAGUUUCUACGUUGCUGUGGAAAGAGUGAAUUAUGCAUAGUGUAAAUACAUAUAUGAUCCAACAAGAACUUUAAAAAAAAAAUGCGUUGACAGGCUAUGCAUCUUUUCAUGGAUUUAAAGCCAGAGUUGACCCCCCAGCCAACCUAAUCCAUCAUACACACGCUUGCACAGUGACAAAAGUGUGACCAUUCUGCUCUAAUAAAAUUGUUUUCUGGGAAGCUGUUAAUGUCGUCCUCCAGCUGUUUCCUGAGAAAUAUGAUGUUAGUUUCUUCUUCUCAGUGUCUUCUUAUCCAUGAAAAAACUAAUCUCAGAGAGAUAGAGAUGUCUAUGUUACCUGUGGAAUCCAUCUAUAAGAGUUAAUGCUCAAUAAUGUAGGGAAUAGUUGUGUAUGUGUUGUUUGUAAAUGAUCAUUUUUACAUUGUAGUAUUGUAACUUUUUCUAUCUAUCUAAACACAGACGUAUACAUAUCCCUAUCCAUACAUACAUAGUGAACAAAAGCAACAGUGCCAGGGCACCAGUCGGUUACUUAUUAAACCAAACAAAAAGUUCUUGCUGCUUUUCAGUGGUCAUGUUGUUAUUAUUAGUCUAAAGUCAGCUGCAGAUUGUUCAGUUAUUUAGGCACAUUAAUGUUAUGUGAAAUCUCACCAGACUUUGUAGGAGCAUGAAGCAGACUGGUGCCUUUGCCCUGAGGGAUCUGCUGCAUUCAUAAACCGAAAGAACGGUAUGAAAUCGUUGAGUGAGGAAACAUUUAGUCAAUAAGCUCUAAAUCAGGCAACAUUUUUGAUAACUGAUUCAAGUCAAUUACCAAGAAAAAGUUGAUUAGUUACGGCUUCUUGUUGGUUUUUUAUAUUUCAUAUCAUUGUAAAUUAAACAUUCCUCUGGAUUUUGGACCGUACAUCUAACAAAACGAUCUGAAGACGACUCCUCGCCGACACAGGUUGUGGAAACUUUGAAUUUCACUUUUUUUUGACAUCUUAGAAGUGAAUUAAUGACUUUAAAAUAUAGAUUAUUAAAUUCUGUAAUAAUUUGACCAACUGUUUAAAUGUAUCAGGGCCUUGAUAACAUAUGUUUGCCUUAAAGAUACAUGGAAUGGAUUCCGUGGUGUAAUUUACAAUUGAUCACCUGAGUUUGCUGCAUUUCUUUUUGAGAGCUAUAGGAGGUUUUUACCCUGUAACUGGACUUUAUCAAACAUUUUCAGUCAUUAAUUUGUUAUUAAAGCGUAUACAUUGUCUCACAACUCUCAAGUGCCCAAAGAAACAAGUGCAAAUGUUGUUACAAACUGCUCUGUGCAACAGGCAACAGUAGUCUACUAUUCAGAAGGUCAGGAAAAUAAGGUCAGUGUUUAGAGCUGUUGGGGCUCUAGGGGUUCUUAAAUCCACUGCUGUGUGCACUACAUGCUCCUGCUAAGUAAUCCUUACAUGCUAUUAGCAGGAUAACUUUAUUUACCAAAUUUUAAACUCAGAAAGUUAAUCUGUAAAUCCUAAAAUGAGUCUAGGAUGAGUAGUGUACACCGACCAUAGUAAAUAGGAGAUGUAGAUGAAAAGCCACCAUUCGACUAUUAGUAACACAAACAGUAACAGAUAUUUACUACAACAACAACAAAGCAACACAUUACUCUGGCUGCAAAUGAUACUGAAGAAAUACUCCCAAUUAUAAAAGUUCCCAGCUUUGUAGUUUAUGUAAGUGGAAAAAAAUGGGUGUGUGUUUUAAACUAAGCCUUUAAAAUCUCCAUACGUUCAUUGUUUGAUGGUUAAUUUGCCUUGUGAUGUGGUCCAUUGUUACACUGUGUGUGUGCGCUGUCAAUAGCUCCGCCCACCACCGAGCCAGUGGCGAUGGUGCUAGUCAGCUGAGUGAUGGUGGUGGAGCUGUGUGCUUCUUUGUGUGUUUUUCAGAAAUAAAACCAUCACGGAUGUGGA